AUGGGCGCCGACAAGCCGAAUGGCGUGGUCAACUACUGCCGAAGACCAGUUCAGAGACCCUUCCUCCAAAGAAUCCAGUAUGGAAUCUGGAAUCCAGAAGACAGAACAUUCCUGGGCAGAACUCCACAUCGAUGGGGUGUGAUAGGGCUGAUCUACCUGGUGAUGUACAUCUGCAUCAUCAUCUUCUUCUCCAUCUGCAUGUGUGGUCUGCUCGCCAGCAUGGACGAAAAGAUCCCCUACUUCACACUCGCUGACUCCAUCAUUGGAGCAAACCCUGGCAUGGGUCACAGACCCAUACUGUUCGAGGAAGGAGCUCUCAUCUGGUACCAUGCUGACAAUGAAACUCAAGUCAAGAAGUAUGUGGAUAACAUCAAUGAGUUUCUCGCGCCAUACAACAACAAGAGCUUGUUAGUGAACCAGGGCGUGAACCAGCGUGAGUGUGGUGACGUGAAGCCUCCAAGAAAUGAGGUCUGCGCCUUCAACACUACCGCCAAUUUCGGGCCUUGCAACAUGGAGAAUAACUACGGAUACGCCAACAAAACACCCUGUCUUAUUAUCAAAUUGAAUAGGUUAUAUGACUGGAACCCUGACUUCUACGACGAUCCUGGCGACUUACCACCUGAGAUGCCUCCUGACAUACGAAAUUAUAUAAUGAAUGCUACUGCACAGGAACGUCGCAAAGUCUGGGUGUCGUGUAUGGGUGAGCGGCCGGCUGACGUGGAAGCUCUGGGCGAGCUGAAGUACUGGCCCUACCCUGGUCUAUCAGAGACCUUCUUUCCGUAUGACAACACUCCUGGCUACCUGAGCCCGCUGGUCGCUGUGCAGCUACUAAAACCUAAAUUGCAUCAAAUAAUAAACAUCCGCUGCCGCGCGUGGGCGCGCAAUAUCAUCUACACGGAUAGUCUGAAAGAUAGAUUCGGCUCCACGCACUUGGAGAUCAUGAUCGACUGA